UCCCCAAGCUGGGCUACCGGAGGCGCUGCACAGACACUCGCCUCUGGCCACCAGCUCCUGCUGCUGCCGCCCAGAGGACAAACGAGCCUCUGCCCGCGAUUUCCCCGCGGCGGCCGCGUUGCGGAAAGCUGAGCCGGUGGGCGCGAGCUGCAGGACGCGAUGGAGUUCUUUCCUCGCUUUGGAGUUGCUUGAGUUGGCAGAGCCUCGCUGGGGUUCCCUGCUUUCUGCUCCCUGCUCCCUUUCGGGCUCGCCGUUCACCGCUUACCCGGUUGUUGCCCACCGCUGUGCCCGGGAGCCCAGGCUCCAGAGUUCCUGUCCCGGGUCCAUUUGGGGGCAAAGGAGGGGCUGUCUCCAGCCAAGGGGCACUGUCUUCUCUCGGCUGACCCAUCUAUUUCUCCAUGGCGUCUCGUCAACAAACCCGAAUCCAGGCUUACCUGGAGAAAAACAAGAUCGGUCCUCUGUUUGAGGAAUUAAUGACCAAGCUAAUAACUGAGACACCAGACCAGCCAAUCCCAUUUCUCAUUGACCAUCUUCAGUCCAAGCAAGGAAACCGAGGACAGCUGCAAAGAACUUUGUCUGGGUCAGCAGCCCUCUGGGCAGAAAGUGAACCCUCAGAACCCAAAGGAACAAGAAGGGACUUUAGAAGUUAUGAUAAACCUUGGCAGUUGAAUGCAAAGAAGCCUAAAAAAUCAAAAAGUGACCUUGCUGUGUCUAAUAUUUCUCCUCCAUCACCAGACUCCAAAUCGUGUAUUGCAAUUUCAGAUGAACUUGAUAAGGAAACAGUGGCUUUCAAUUCUUCUCUUCUGAGACCCCGUGUGAUUGGGGAGUGGAUUGGCAGAGCGGAAAAUGACGCUGAUCCCCUCGCGGCUGAGAUGCUGCAGCCCCCGGUUCCGCGGAGUAAGAAUGACCCGUGGGAGAGUGAAGAGAGCAGCCCUUGCCCCACAGGAAGCUUAAAGAUGGAGCCCAAGACGAAAGGAUUAAAACAGCAGCAGCAGCAGCAUAAGAAACUUCUAGCUGCAAUGCUUUCCCAGGAUUCCUUCGAGUCUGUCCACAGCCCCACCCCAUCUGUAAUAGAAGAUGACAUUGACAAUGAAGACGAUGCAAUGGAGUUGCUGGGUAAUUUUAAAAAUUAAUCAUUUCUCUUUCUCCUCUUUUCUGGCAUUGUAAAAGUGUGCAGGAAUUGAGGGAUUUUAAACGUUUCGAGUAGUUUCGUCUAAGGCAAAGGGAGCCCUUGAGGGUACACUUUCUUUCCAUUAGACCUUUAUGAAGUUGCAUGUAAGAACCAAACUGAAUCCCUGGACGCAUGUGAAACACUCCCUAGACUGUACUAUGUGCUCGGUGUAUGCAGAGCUCCACACACUGACUACAUCCAACUUUAUUCCGUGUGCAAUUGUGAUCAAAUGCAAAUCUGUCUGUUUCGUUUUUUUGAUUACACCUAUUGUCUUUAAAAUACACCCUCUUCCUAACAAGUCCCUCUGAUUGUAAGGUUACUUUAGAAAAAUAUCGUAAAAUUGAAAGAUGUUGGCAGUAAAUUGAUGUUUGAUGUUUUUCAUAACUGAUAGGAAGUUCUGCAUACAUUUUAAUGUCUUCAAAGACUCAGCACCUUCACAAACCUUUGUUCAUGUGGUGGAUCUAGUUUUUUUUUUAUAAAUAUAGUUUUUUUCUUUUGGUAGUUCAAGUAUGUGAUCCUGUUCCAAUAGAAAUUUAUUCAUAAAAAUUGUUAAUUGAAACUCAUUUUGGGAAAUCACUUUUUUGAGGGAAGGGGAACAAGAUAUCUUGUGUGUCUCUGGCUGUCUUGAAACUCACUCUGUAGACCAGGCUGGCCUGGAACUCAGAGAUCACCUGCCUCUGCCUCCCAAGUACUGGAAUUAAAGGAGUGCACUGCCAUGCUUGACUGGAAAAUCAUUUUUACAUAAGAAGAACAUGAAGUUUUCUGUGCAAGUAAUCCAAAUGUAAAAUGGUGUGUUUUCAAUUGAGUGAUGCUAUUCUAUUAUAUAAAAUUUAUUCUAUUUAUUUAGAAUAUUCUAUUCUAUGAUAUAGAAUUAAUUGGGACAAUUUGCAUAUGCUUUUAUGAUAACAUACCAUUAUAUUUAAACUGAAAAGAGAAGAAAUAAUGUAAUUACAUACAGAUAUGAAUGCACAGAAAAAGUACUUUAUUUAAAAGUCUAGACCAUAUUUCUAGGAAUGAAUGUUUACAGCAGUAAAUUAUUUUCUAUAAGAGAUUAUAGGUCUCCAUGCAUGAAGCUGCAAGGGUGUCAUUCAGUCGAUCUUUUCUAAUGGUCUCGUGCCUACCUUGAGUCUAGAAUUAAGGAGACUGUAUCAUGACACUUUUCAUUAGAUGCUAUUGGACCUUGUUUUCUUUUAAGCACUUACAAAUCAUGCACGUGGAAGAGCCUCUCGAUCUUGCCAUGGCACUUUCCUCCUUCCUUCAUUCAAUACACAGACUUUGAUCUUAGGACAUAAAUUAAAAUCAUUUCUGUUUGUAGGAAUUUUGCAGUCAGGUCAAAAACCUAAACUCAUCACUUCCACCUUAUUCUCUACCUGUGCUAUCACAGCUGUCUUUAGUGGGGACUCUUAGUGCAGGAGUGGGGGCAGGAAUCAUGGCAAGCUUGUUUGAAAAAGUUGGUUCCUCUGCUUAGUCAAGGAGAGCAAGGAGGUAUAAGCUUGAGAAGGGGAGGGUAGGCAGGCUCCUGGGGGCUUGUUCAGAUAGGCAAUGGACCUUCGGUGACUGUGCCUGUAAGUGGAUUUCCUGCUGGUCAAUGACAGCAAAAGAAUUGAUCAAGGGACUCUAAGGAGGCUCACUGCAUGCUGAUUGUCUCUAGACUUCCCCUGCUCUCCUCACAAAUGUCUAGCUUUCUAAGAUGAAGACCAGAGGGGUGGGUCUAGAUGUCUCCCUCGUGAUAAGCCAUUAACAACUGGCUCUCAUUCAUUCAUCUUCUCACUGUAGAUAUUUAACCUGUGUUCUGACCAGGUUUAAUGAUAAAGAAUAGUGAAAACUUUCACUAUGGGGUCUUACACAGCUUCGGUCUGGUGGCUGGUGGCGUCACUACUCUCUGAGUGAUGAGAGCUCCUACGAUAGCAGGAAAUGUUCAAGCAUACAGAACUAGCCUUCAAUAAUGCCGUGUGCAGUUGCCCUGGUUUAAGAAAUGAUUCAAGAGAAAAAUGUGAUUGCAUACACCUGAAGAAAACACAAAUGUUAAUACCUUAAAAAUUUAUGGAAAAUCAAAAUUUAGGCAUAGAAUCAUUAUUAAGAUGUAACAGAUACUGGUGUUUAAAAUAUCUUUUGAGAAUCUACAAUAUGUUGUAGAGUUUGAUAUAAUGUGUUUUUAAGGGUUCAGUUUAUCACUAUCUAUGCCAUAAUAAAAUUAGCUGAAAAUGUAGCAUGCAUGGGAAGUUAUCUGUAAAUGAGUAAAAAUAUGGUUCUUAGCCAAUAUCAAUAUAUAAAUGAAUUACCCAUUAAUAAAAUUGGUGGCUUAAGGGGGAAAUCUUUUAGUGGAAGUAGUAGAUUCAAAUAAAAACUAAUUAUUGUUGUUGUCUUUAUGGAAAUGUAGUGUUGUUAAUAUAUGCUGAUUAUAUAUUCACAGCUGCUUGAUUGUAUGUCUGUGCAUUUAUUCUGCAAAUCUAUUAAGCAUGUGAAAAUAUAUUUUAAGAUCCACUUUAUGUUAAUUUAUACCAGACUACUUUAAAUCCUAUUUAUAAGUUCUUAGUGGAUAAAUAACUCCUCAUUAAGUUAAUAUUAUCUAUCAGACAAUGAAGUAUCUGAACGUUGAGCUUUAAAGAGAUACCAAUUUUAAGUAUUUCUGAAAGUGACUCUAGAUAUACAAAAUGCAGAUGACAAACAUUCUCAUGCUCACCUCAAAUGAUGAAGUUUUCAACCAUAAACAUAAGACAGUCUCAAUUAUUUUGGUGAUUACAUUGGCACAUGGUAAUUAAAGUGAACAGAGAUCACACUUCCUAAACAUGUGCUAAAAUCAAGAGUUUUUCAAAAAAGGUGUGAGACCAGACAAGCUCCCCAAAGCUUCUGUAGGUUCUCUUCCUUUAUCCUCAAGGAAAAGUUCAGGAGCUACUGAAGGACAUUAGCUGUGCGAAUGCCAUCCCAUUUCCCCUAAACUGCAUGUUUUUAUCAACAUGUUAUAACUAUAACAGUAAUACUUGUUUGAUCAUUUUCUAUGUAGUUUAUGCCAAUUUAUACUCAUUAAACAAAGAAAACUAGAAUUUAAAGAUACAACUACUGUAUUAUACACUUUAGUUUGGAAUAUUAUAAAAUAUUUGGGCCUUCUUAGAUUUGAUACAGAGGGAAAUACCUAAAAUUCGUAUUGCAGAGAUGCUAAAACCAUUAAUCAUACUUAGUUAUACUUUUGGGCCUUAGCUUAGAAUUAUAUAAAUUUAAAACUUAAUUUAAAUCAACUUUCCAUUGCCUCAAAUAAACGUGGUUGUUAUAAACAGAAUUUACUUGUUUUAAGAUCAGUUAAGUAUAACUGGAGUGGCAGUCCUUGCUGAAUGCAGUUUCUAGGGUUAUAAUAUCCUAUUGACUAAAUGAACUCGUUAGUGAAAUGUAAAGUGAACCUACUAGAAAGACUCAUUAAGGUGUGGUGCUCUUUCAGCCAAUUCUUCUGCACUGUGAUGAGGUUUUGGAAAAAUAAACAUUCACUCUCAUGUGUUUGGUUAAACUGGAGUCUUUUUUCUAUCAGAAAUUUGCUAUAAGACAAGAAUGGGGCAUUGCAUCUGAUGAGAGAUAGAGCUGCCACUGUGGCACGAGAAUUAAAAGAAAGAGGUCCCAAAUGUCUUUUAGAAAUUCCUUAACUACAUGCCUGUAUUUGAAUGACAUCUGCAAGCCAGUCAGAAACAGAGAAGACAGUCAACACAAGCCUCUCCAAUUUUGUUUCUUUAUAGAAUUGAUUAUUUGACAAGUCAGAAUAGCAGCUAAAUUGUUACUUUAAAAUAAACCAACAUCUUUAUAAAAAUGAUUCUUUAUAGAAAUUCUGAGGACUUUCAAACAUUAAACCACUGGAUGUUUCAAUAUUACAUUGAAGAUUGCUUAAAAUAUUAAUUCUUUCAGUAUAGUACAAAAGUAAAUUAAUGCAAAUUAGUUCCAAUUAUAGAUAAAAUAUAUUGUACUUUAAAACACUCAGGUUAGUAUUGAAUAUAUUGAAUAAAACGUUCUUAAUUCAAGUAGGUUUUAUCCUUACAUAUAUAAUAUUCCAACAAAUUCCAUUAAUUAUUUUGCAGCUGAUCACCACAAUUAACUAAACCGUAUAGAAGAGCUGCAAAUAGAUUUUUAUAAUUUCACUAACUCAACCAGUGCAACUAAAAACCUAAGACAUCCUAAAAUUGUGUGAGCUAUCUAUUACAUGCUAAAUAUUUCCCCUGUAGAAUGCGUCUGCUCCUGUGUUGGCAUCCAGGCUUCCCAGUAGGAACUUCAAAUGGCUUCUAUGUUAUCAUUGCCUGUGCCAGUGCCAUGACAGACCAUCACUGUGUGGACCAAGGACUUUAAUACUGUGCUUAACUCCUUCAGCUUUAAUGCCAUUUUAGAAUAUCUUCCAGCACAUGCAUUCACAAAGCAAACUGUGCUGCUGCAGGGUGAGAAUAAUGAACAGCAUGAGGAACGUUACCUUAUAUUUAACUUUAAAAAGCUAUUUGAUCUUUUGAGUUUAGAGAUAAGGGUGGAUAUUGUGGGAAAGUGGAUGGGCAUGCUCUGUCUCUCAAGCCAUUCAUUCGGUUUUAACAGGUUUAGUUCUAAAGUGUGUAGCUAUCGCUUACAGAGUGGGUCUGAGUGUAAUACCUCAAAUUUGAACAAAUAGACAAGUCUGGAUUACGGGUGCUGAUUUUCAUGAUUUGGUUUGCCUGUGAAUCCAUGGGUUCACCUUUAAACAAGAUGUCAGUGUUCCCCAUACCCAGGAUUUUGUUCGUUAGAUUUGAAUGUGCUCAUGAAUGCAGGUUUUACUCAGUAAAAAUACCUUCCCCACUACUUCAGUAGAUUCCACUGCAAGCAAUCGAUCGAACUCCUAAGACCCUUAAUAGAAAAGUAAUGUACAAUAAGUUAGGAGAGUCGAUCAUUCAUGAGAAAGCUUUCUGAGUCACCCACACUCAUUUAAAAUGACCUCUGGAACCAGAGGUCUUGCUGAAAAGCUUUGCUCCCAUAGUUACUGUUAUUGUAUCUCCUGCCUUGCUUCCUGUUCACUGUACAGGAACACUGGAAGUGUGAAUACUUUGACUUGAGAGUGACUGUGCUUAUUCCUGCAUAAAUCCCCCCAAAAUGAUUGCUUUCAGAUUCUACUUUAUUAAAUUAAAACCUAAGAUUAUUUCUUUCAUUAAGUGCUACUACCCUCCUUCUUUACUGUCUAGAUUAAUUUGUCUUGUGUUUGAAAUUCUAUGCAUGCUUCAUUCUCUUCAUUCUUUUGGGUUUUUUCUUUCUUUUCGGAGAUAUCAAUUUUUGCUAAUAGCAAUGGAUAUUGUAGGUGGAGAUUGCUCUUUAAAUAAAUAUCAUACAAGAUGCCACAAAACAUAUACAUAUACCGCCUGAUAGCACUUGCAUGGCAUGUGAGAAAUGCUACACUUUCUGUCUGUGAGAAACAGUCACUUAACAAAAUGCAUUGAUCCAGGAGAAGAAAGUUAGUAGUUUGCCAACAAAUUCUAAACCCAUAGACAAAUUGUUCAUAAUGUUGAUUUCACCUCAGGUGAAAAUUUCUGAAUAAGGGAAAACUGUUUCCAGUUAUUUGUGUGUAGUUUUUCUUAAUAUAUAUUGAUUGCUUGGACUAAAACAUGCAUGGUUUGUUACUUACUAAUGGCAGCAUUUAAUGUAUUUUUCAUACGUGUGCUGUGGCUUUUCACUAAAUGUUUUGUGAGGUGUGAGCCACCAUGUGGUGUGCUGUAGGUGACAUGGUUAGAUACCUGUGUGCUACUUCUAAAGACCAAAACAUUUUUCAGGCUGCCUCUUGCCAGUUUUGUCAUUUUUGCUUUUAUGUUGAUCUUUAAUCUUAUACUAAUUUCCAAGUUACUAGCAAUUAGUUUUAGAAUGCUGCUGACACUACGUGCCCUCCCUAGUCCACAGGCAAAGACAUGGGGUAGCAAGAUAUUCUCAGAAAGUGACACAUUCCUCUUCCAUCAUAGAUGACAGGAAUACUGAAAAAAAGGACAUGGAUUUAUGUACAAAACUCUUCUCCCAAACCAAGCUCUCUUUUUUAACCCCUGUCUGUUUUAUGUAACUGGAGGCAGAAGAAAAUGUGUGCUUUCUUUAACUAGGCAGCAAUGCCUACCCACAGGAAGAUACGGGGCUCUCAGGGCCAAUGAAAUACUCAGAAAGAAAGGGCAUAGAGGCUGAACAGGUGACCUCACACAAGCCUGCCAUCUGCUAAGCAGAGGCGGUGAUGUCUGAUACUUAUUUAGAAUGCAGAGGAGAUUGCUAGAUUUAUUUUUUCCUAUAAUGCAUGGUUUAUAGGAGGAAAACAAAAUUAUUUUGUGCAUAUGCAGAAGUUCACACUAAUAAAGACAUAGCAUGGGAAAGAAUAGAAAAGGGAUGCAGUAGCAAAUUCAAUCUGUAACUGAGGCUGGAGAAAUGGCUCUAUGGUUAAGAGCACUGCCUGCUCUUCCAGAAGACCUGGGUUCAAUUUCCAGCAUUUACAUAGCAGUUCACAACUGUCUGUAACUCCAGCUCCAGAGGAUCUGGCACCCUGGCACAGACAUACAUGCAGGCAAAACAUCAAUGCACAUAAGAGUAAAUAAAUAUUUAAAAAAAACAGAAUCUAGAACUGUAAUUCAUGUUUUUUCAUAGAUCAAGUAAUGAAGUUGUUAAAAUACACAAAAUUUAAUACUGCUUUCAAGUUAUGUUGACAAAUAUGAAAAUAUUUGAACAAUUUUGGUUCUGUAUUAAUGAAAAAUUCAACCAAAUUUUAUACUAGUGUUAAAUAUUAUUCCUUUUCCAAAUACUUCAUAUAUGGUGAUGUGGUAUUCCAAGAUGAUUUGUUCGGUCAUAGUAAUUAUUUUCAUGUACUAGCAAUUUGAGCUUUUUGCUUUAUAUGAGACUUAUUUGAAAAUCCACUGAAUCACAACUUUGUUAUGUUUUUAUUAGUUGAUACAAAUGAAUUGUAAAUAAUUUAGCAUUUGCUUGAAGUUUAAUGUCAAAAUCAAAGCUUAUUAAAAACAUGUUGUAAUUCUUCUGAUUUCUUCAAACCUGGUUUUAUAGCUAACAGAAUCUGUCCAGAAAUUUCUAUAUCAUGAUAUGCCCAGCCAUGUGUCUAGUCAUUUUCAAACAGAAUCCUCAAGUGACAUGGAAAGCUGAAAAGAAUGUUCACAAAACUUGCCAAAUAUUUGCCCAGACAGUUGCUCUUGUUAAAUAAAACUUUCUUC